UUUCAUUAAUUCUAAACCAACCCCUAAGAAUUUGGAGAAAAAUAGGACCGGAAAAAGUCCAGCUUUGAAAAAGGGAACGUUUGAAACGCACUCUGUUCUUCCCAAAUCAUGUAGAAUUUGAAAAUUUUUCUUCAAAAAAUUCAGAUUCUUUACAUUCAAUUGUUGGCAUAAUUGAUUUGUUAAUUUGGGUCGGUUUGAUAUGAAUCUGUCUACAUCAGCUUCGCUCGCAUCCACAUCGUCAUCGUCGUCAUCUUCUUGGCUCUCCGGCAUUGUCCGCGGCCGUCCCGGCAGCUUCAAGAUGGCCAAGAAUUCAUCAAACCCGCCGUCCGCCGCCUCCGCCGCUGCCGUCCCGGUGGUAGACGGCGCUGGCCCAGUCAAUAAGAAAAAUCAGUUGCGAGGGGUCAUGUUCAAAUAUGGUCCUAAGUCUAUUCAGGUUGCUUUCAAAACAGGUGAUUAUAGAAGACAAGUAAUCUUUAUUGGCGGACUGACGGAUGGAUUUUUGGCAACUGACUACUUGAUGCCGCUGGCAACUGCCUUAGAGGCUGAGAAAUGGUCUUUAGUUCAGUUCCUUAUGUCCUCUUCUUAUAGUGGAUAUGGCACAUCAAGUUUGAAGCAAGAUGCCUUGGAGCUUGAUGAAUUGGUAAACUACUUGAUAAACAAGGAAGACUCUGAGGGCGUAGUAUUGCUUGGACACAGUACAGGCUGUCAGGAUAUUGUGUAUUACAUGCGUACAAACACUGCAUGCUCCAGAGCAGUCCGUGCGGCAAUUCUGCAGGCACCAGUUAGUGACCGAGAGUACAAUGCUACUAAGCCCGAUAUUGCUUCAACGAUUGAUUUGGCCACAAAAAUGAUUAAUGAAGGUCGAGGAUCAGAGCUCAUGCCAAGGACAGAAGACUCAGAUACCCCAAUAACUGCAUAUAGAUACCAUUCUUUGUGUGCAUAUAAUGGUGAUGAUGACAUGUUUAGCUCCGAUCUAAGUGAAGAUCAGCUUAAACAACGGCUGGGACAUAUGUCCCACACACCCUGCCAGAUAAUUUUUUCUAUGAACGAUGAAUAUGUACCGGAAUACGUGGACAAGAAAGCGCUCGUCAAUAGAUUGAGCAAAGCAAUGGGAGGCGCAGAAAAGGUUGAAAUCGAAUGGGGAAACCAUUCACUAUCUAACCGAGUUCAGGAAGCAGUCCAAGCCAUGAUAAGUUUCAUCACAAGAGAAGGACCUAAGGGGUGGGAUGAUCCAUGGAGUUAAAAGCAAAACCCUUUCUUCAUCUUUGAUUACUGUCUCUUUUUUCUUUUUCUUUUAAUUGUUCUCUACUUUAGCACCUGUAGAUUGAAGUAAUCAUUCAUUUUCCUGGAAGAAUUUAUUCUUUUAUUACAGAAGUGUCAUUUUUCGUUGUAUCACACAUCUCACAUUGUAUUGACAGAAAUAGAGUGAUUUUUUUUCCCCUUCUUGUUUUGAAUGGUAAUCCCUAAGUUGGACUUGGAAUUUUUGAAGUUAAAUCCAAU